AAUAGCCCUAGUGACCUCUGGUAACCCUGCACCAUAACAAUCUUGGUGUGCUAAGGGCUGACGUGGACCUUAUUUCGGCCUUUUUUCAACUGAUUAAGAAUCCCCAGGGCCUCUAGUUAAGGUGUAAGGCCACAGGGGCUUCACAGGGGAGUGUCUAAGGGCCAGUCACCCCCCGAGGAAGAUGGGGAGCCGAAGCCGGUCCAGCUCCUCUGAGAGUGAGGACGAGAGGAGUCACAGGAGGCACCGGGAGAGGGAGAGGAGCAGCGGGGGACGGCACGAGACCCACAAGGGAAGAUCCAAGCACCACAAGUCCUCCAAGAAGCGAAGCAGGGACAGGAGCAGGGAGCGGAAGCGAGACAGAAGCAGGGAGAGGAAGCAGGACAGAAGCAGAGACAGGAGCAGGGACAGAAAACCCGAGAAAAGCAGGGAUAGGAACAGGGAUGUAAGCAGAAACAGGAGUAAGGAACGCAAGGCAGAGAGAAGCAGGGAGCGUAGCAGAGAUGAAAGCAGAGAUAGAAGCAGAAACAGGAGUAAGGAACGCAAAGCAGAGAGAAGCAGAGAACGCAGCAGAGAUCAAAGCAGGGAGAGGAGUGUAAGCAGGGAGAAACAGAGAAGGGAAAGAAGUAGAGGCAGCCGUCAUCACUCGAGGGAAGAAAGACGUUCCAGAAAGAGAGACAGUCGACACAGGAGGCGAAAGAGGGACAGUUCCAGCUCCGACGACGAUUCCAGCGACAGAGAUGACCCGAGAAGCAAAACAAAGCCCACCAGUGACUCGGAAAAGGGUCCAAUUAAGAGUUCAAGCAUUGGGGGGGAGAGAGAGAGUGAGAAAAAGUUAAUCAAGGAGGAGAAGGAGACGGAAAACAAAUCGUCCAAAAAUACAAUUGACGUGGUGAAGCUCGAAAUUAAAAAGGAGCCAAUUGAAGAUGCAGAUAGAACAGUUGAGAAGGAGACUAACAAGACCUCAAGUAGAAAGGCCAAUGAGGGUGAGAAGGAAAUUGCCAAGAGUUCAAGUAAGAAAUCUAGCGAGGAGGAGAAGGAAAUUGCCAAGAGUUCAAGUAAGAAAUCUAAUGAGGGUGAGAAGGAAAUUACCAAGAGUUCAAGUAAGAAAUCUAGCGAGGAGGAGAAGGAGAUUCCCAAGAGUUCAAGUAAGAAAUCUAAUGAGGAUGAGAAGGAAGUUGCCAAGAGUUCAAGUAAGAAGUCUAAUGAGGGUGAGAAGGAAAUUGCCAAGAGUUCAAGUAAGAAAUCUAAUGAGGGUGAGAAGGAAAUUACCAAGAGUUCAAGUAAGAAAUCUAGCGAGGAGGAGAAGGAGAUUCCCAAGAGUUCAAGUAAGAAGUCUAAUGAGGGUGAGAAGGAAAUUGCCAAGAGUUCAAGUAAGAAAUCUAAUGAGGAUGAGAAGGAAAUUGCCAAGAGUUCAAGUAAGAAAUCUAGCGAGGAGGAGAAGGAGAUUCCCAAGAGUUCAAGUAAGAAGUCUAAUGAGGAUGAGAAGGAAAUUGCCAAGAGUUCAAGUAAGAAAUCUAGCGAGGAGGAGAAGGAAAUAGAGAAGAGUUCAAGUAGAAAGGAAAACAUAGGAGAGAAAAUAGAUAAGAAUUCAAGCAAAAAGGACGAGACUGAAAAGGAAAUUGAAAAGACCUCAAGUAAGAAGGAUAUUGAGAAGAGUUCAAAGGCCAGCAAGGAUGAGAAGGAAAUUGAAAAGACCUCAAGUAAGAAGGAUAUUGAGAAGAGUUCAAAGGCCAGCAAGGAUGAGAAGGAAAUUGAAAAGACCUCAAGUAAGAAGGAUACUGAGAAGAGUUCAAAGGCCAGCAAGGAUGAGAAGGAAAUUGAAAAGACCUCAAGUAAGAAGGAUAUUGAGAAGAGUUCAAAGGCCAAUAAGGAUGAGAAGGAAACUGAAAAGACCUCAAGUAAGAAGGACAUUGAGAAGAGUUCAAAGGCCAGCAAGGAUGAGAAGGAAAUUGAAAAGACCUCAAGUAAGAAGGAUAUUGAGAAGAGUUCAAAGUCCAACAAGGAUGAGAAGGAAAUUGAAAAGACCUCAAGUAAGAAGGACAUUGAGAAGAGUUCAAAGUCCAACAAGGAUGAGAAGGAAAUUGAAAAGACCUCAAGUAAGAAGGAUAUUGAGAAGAGUUCAAAGGCCAGCAAGGAUGAGAAGGAAAUUGAAAAGACCUCAAGUAAGAAGGAUAUUGAGAAGAGUUCAUAUAAGAAGGAAUUAGAGAGAAGUGAAAAAGAAGCAGACAAGACCUCAAGCAAGAAGACCAAUGAAAACACAAACAAUGCCGUCGAGAGAGAGACAGAAAAGGAAUCAAGCAAAACCAAGAACAGCGAAAAGGAGUCGAGCAAGAACACAAACAUUAGUGAGAGAAAGACUUCCAAGGAGUCAACAAGCAAGAACGCAAAUGAAGAUACAAAGAAAGAAAUGAAGUCUGCAAAACCAAGCACCUUGGAAGUCACAGAUGUUCCUCCUAAAGACACGGAACACAAAAAAUCUUCCACUAGCAAAGACCAGAAGAGAAAGUCCGAAGUAUCAAAGGACGAAAAGAAGACUGGAGAUAAACAUGAGAAUAUUGAAGUAGUGAGAGAACCGUCAGUAACUAAACACAAGGGAAAGGAUGUAAAUGAAGCUCCUGGAGAGAAAUCCGAAGCCACAAUUUCAAAGUCAAAGAAAUCAGAGGAAGUGAGAAAAGAAGAAGGAAAGAAAGGAAGUUCGAAGGAAAAGGUAGAUGUGUUGAAGGCUAAGGAUGCUAAGAGUGAGGAUAGUGGGAAAGAGGAAGGGGAAAUCAUCGAGAACGCCAAGAAAACGGAUGUGGAGAAAGACGAGAGCGAGAAGGAGGACAAAACAAAGCCGGAAAAGGAGAAGAAAAAGGACUCGAAGCGGAAAAGCGAAGACGACCACAAAAAGAAACACAAAAAACAUAAGCAUAAGAAACACUCGUCCAGCAGUGAAAGCGAGAAAGAGAGCAAGGAGAAGGACAGCAACAAGAAGCCGGAUUACGACAGCGAUGAAACCACAGAGCAGGAGUUACUGAGGAAGAAACGGCAACUCGAGGAACAGUUACAGCUUGAAGAGGAGAUUCAGCAACGCACGAAGAAUCUCGAGAAGGAACGUGAAGCAGCUCGCGCCAAGAAACUCAAGUCUGCCGUGAAUCCCGAGGCAACAAAAACAACUGAGAAGGACGACUCAUCACACUCGGACUCACAUUCUCGCUCCCCAAGUCGACAGAAGGACCGGAAACAGGGGAAGGAGGAGAGGAACGGCCGAGGAGAGAAACGAUCACGGUCUAGAAACUACUCGGACGAUGAAGCUGAUGAACCACAGAUCGGCGCAAGGUACUGGGGUGGUGACAGUCCCAAGGAUGCCGCACUACACAAGGCCAAGCAGCUCAAGACUAGCGACACAUACUGGAAUAAAUACGCCGAUAAACUGGGCAUUCAGAUCGAGGACCCAAGGAACCAAGAUCCAGAAUGGGAGAAGAGGAGAGACAGGGACAGAAAAGAUGAUAGAAAAAGGGACUCCUCAACAGACAGAGACAAACGAGGGAGAUCAGAGGAAGGGGCGAGAAAGGAGAGCAGGAAGAGGGACGAAGGGAAUGAAAAGGAGAAUUCCAACUCCACCAACAAACCUUCCGCACCCCCUGCACGCGACCUGAUCAAGAAACCUGUAAUGGACCCGCUCACGACCAAGACAGGCGGGGCUUACAUCCCUCCCGCCAAGCUGAAGAUGAUGCAAGCGCAGAUCACGGACAAGUCAAGCGCCAUCUUCCAGAGACUAGCUUGGGAGGCAUUGAAGAAGUCCAUCAAUGGCCUCGUCAAUAAGGUGAACGUCUCUAACAUCGGGAUCAUCGUCCGAGAGCUCUUCCAGGAGAAUAUUGUUCGAGGGAGGGGUGUCUUGUGUAGGGCUCUCAUGCAGGCACAGGCGUUCUCUCCGACCUUCACCCAUGUUUACUCUGCCCUGGUCGCCAUCAUCAACUCCAAGUUCCCACAGAUUGGUGAGCUGUUACUGAAGCGUUUGGUGAUUCAGCUGAGGCGUGGCGUCAAGAAGAACGACAAGAAUGUGUGCAUGUCUUCCUGUAAGUUCAUAGCCCAUUUAGUCAAUCAGCAAGUGGCCCAUGAGGUGGUGGCACUAGAGAUCUUAACCUUCCUGCUGGAGAGGGCAAAGGACGUCACCUCGGACUCAGAAGUCGCCCAAAAGUCCAGAAACAACUCGUGCGAACUGGCCAUCGUGUUCUUCACCGAGUGUGGGGAGAAGCUGAACGAGGUCAGUCCGAGGGGGAUGAAGAUCAUUCUGGAGACCUUCAGGAACAUUCUGCAUGAGGGGAAGCUGGAAACGCGUGUCUCGUACAUGCUGGAGGUGACCUUUGCCACAGUGAAGGACGGAUUCAAGGACCACCCAGCCGUGCCCGAGGAGCUGGAUUUAGUUGAGGAAAAUGAGCAGUUCACUCACAUUGUAGAACUUGACGGGAAACUGGAUGCUCAGGAUAUCCUCAAUGUCUUCAAGCACGACCCAGAGUACGAGGAGAGUGAGGAGAAGUACAAGGAGAUACGUAGCAGCAUCUUAGGCGAGGACAGCGAUGAGAGUGGCUCCGAGGGCGGGUCUGAGAGCGACGACGAGGAGUCCGAGGAUGAUGAGGAGGCGGCAAAGGAAGCACAAACCAUCGUGGAUGAGACCGAGACCAACAUGGUGGCCUUCCGUAGGACCGUUUACCUCACCAUACAGUCAUCGCUGGACGUCGAUGAAUGCGCCCACAAGCUCCUGAAGGGGGAGAUCAAGCCAGGCUGGGAAUCAGAGCUCUGCAAUAUGAUCCUAGAUUGCUGCGCCCAACAGCGUACAUAUAUCAAGUUCUAUGGUCUCCUGGCCCAGCGGUUCUGCAUGAUCAACAAGCUGUACCAGGAGCCAUUCCAGCAGAUCUUCAAGGAUGCGUACGACACCUGCCACCGCCUGGAAACAGAGAAGCUGCGGAACGUGACGCGACUCUUUGCGCACCUCCUGUUCUCGGACGCCAUAUCCUGGGAGGUGUUGUCGCACAUCCACCUGAAUGAAGACGAGACUACCAGCUCCUCGAGGGUCUUCAUCAAGCUGCUCUUCCAGGAAUUGGCCGAGUUUAUGAGCCUGGCCAAACUCAAUGAGAGGCUCCGAGACCCCACGCUGGCUCACGCCUUUGAGGGUCUGCUGCCGCGGGACAACCCUCGGAACACUCGCUUUGCCAUCAACUUCUUCACCUCCUGCGGUCUGGGCGGCCUCACGGAUGACCUACGAGAGUUCCUUCGCACACAGCCCAAACCGACAGCUGUUGUGGCUCCCGUUCAGCAACAAAUUAACAAGGUGGAGGAGAUCAAGGUGGAGAGCAACAGCAGCAGUAGCAGUAGCAGCAGCAGUGACAGCAGCAGCGACAGCAGUGACAGCAGCAGCAGUAGUAGCGAGAGCAGUAGCAGUGACAGCAGCAGCAGUGAUAGCGAUAGCAGCAGUAGCGACAGCAGCAGUGAUAGCUCGGACAGCUCUUCGGACAGCAGCAGUGACAGCGCCGACUCUUCAAGUGACUCGGGUGAUUCAUCAGGAAACGAGCGAAGGUCCAAGAAGAAGCACAGAAUGAAAGACUCCAAGAGAAGCUCCAGUGACAAGGGCAAAGGAAGGUCCAGCAGGAAGAGAGACAAAUCAAGAGACAGAAAGGCGAGGAGGAGCAAGAGGAGCGACACCGAGGAAGACAACAGUGGAAGGGCCGAGAGAAGUAGCCACAAGGAAGAUCGAAAGGGAUCACACGAGAGGCGAAGAAGCCGGCACUCGAAGGAAGACAGGCGGCGUUCUGAGAGCUCAAAGAAGGAGAGGGAAAGGGAGAGGAGCCACGACCACAGCGAGAGGGAGGAGAGGAGGCACGGAAGGUCCCACAGGAGGAAGGAUUAUGAGGAGGAUUCAGGAAAGCGUUCAAAGACGGAUGUUAGAAAGGAACACAAGAGGACGCACAGCAGCGAUGAAGAGGAGUAUGAGCAGAGGAGGGAGAGCAGUGUGGAUAGAGGUGAGAAGAGGAGGAGAAGGAAGUGAGGCUUGGUUGAAGGAGUGGAUAGGAGAGAUAGGAAAGACGUAGAAGUUCUUUAAGGAAAUAGAAAAUGAAGAACUAUGUUUUGUGUGGACAGAAUUGAGAAGAGGAGGAGAUGAAAGUGAAGUUUGGUCAAAAAAGGGGAUAGAAUGAUCUGAACACAAGCAAAAGGGGGAAAAAUAACAUGAUCUUCACAUAUAAAUACAAGGGGUCAGGAAAUGGAGGGAUGAAUUCAGGUGGACAGAAGUGAGAUGAGAAGGAAGUGAGGAAUGGUUUAAAAAGAGUAUAGCAUGAUCUGAACACAAGCAAAAGGGGAAAUAUGGGGAAUUGUAUAGUUUUUUCAUAGAAGUUAGGAAGGCUGCCUCGAUUAAAUGUAUGGAUAUCAUGCUCUUUACACACAUAAAAAGGGAAGGAAUAUAGAGAGCUGCAUAUUUGAGUAAAAAAGUGAGUUUCUGGGUGGAUAUCAUGACCUUUACCUACAAAUAAAAAAGGAAGAGAGUGUUAAGGUGCAUAUUCUAGCUAGACUAAACUCGCCAGUGCCAGAUAUAAUGCCAAACUUGACCUCUGUAAGCAAAGAAGCAACAGGAGGCAGUUUGAGCGGAGGACAUUCAACAGUGUAAGUGUCUGUAGAGUGGACAAGAUGAUCUCACACAUUGGAAAGGGAAAAAAAUAAUGUGUAUAGUUUAACGUAAGAUAUAUUGAGGGAUCCUUGAAGCUCCUAUGUAAGUCCUAUGUAGGGGUUCUGUGUAGAGGGAAUUGCUAUGCUUAUUUGUCUCUUAUCUGUCUGGAAAUGACAACCAGAGCCAUAGAAUAGAAGAGUUUGACCGACUUCAUCACAGUGAGCUUAUUACCGAAAAAGUCUCGUGAAACUCAAAUUGAUUAUGAUACUACAGUGUUUUUAGAGCCCCAGGUAUUUCUUAGGGAUUCUGAUGUUACCUAGAACACAAAAAAACUCUUGUAUCAGCGUCCAUAUGAAGAGACUUGUGGAACUCAAAUUGAUUAUGAUAUGACAGUGUUUUUAAAGCCCUAAGUACUUCUUAGGGAUUCUGAUGUUACGUAGAGCUAAAAAAAACCUCUUGUAUCAGUGUCCAUGUGAAGAGACUCGUGGAACUCAAAUUGAUUAUGAUACUACAGUGUUUUAGAGCCCUAGGUAUUUCUUAGAGAUUCUGACGAUACCUAACUCUUGUAUACCUAUUUGAAUUCUGUAUUGUUCUUUUCGUAACGGCCUGUGACGAACGUGGUCAAACUUUUCUGUCCUAUGGCUCUGGUAAUGUCUAGGAGUGGCUAGGUACAAUUCUUCCCUCUAUAUAGAAGCUUUAAGAGUCCCCCAUCGAGUAAGGACAAGCUGAUGGACCGCCCCAAUGCCUGUAGGUGGGAAUUCUGGCAACAUUUUAAACCAUUUCAUUUACGUAACAUCGUUUUACCGUAGAAUAAGUGGCAGCCCAGGAAAUGUUCGCCGAUAAGAGUCAGCUUCUUUCGACCUUAGAAUAAAUCAAAUGUUAAACUGU